GACUAGCCACAACACACUCCCCCUCACUCUUUUCUCUCAGCAUUUUUUCCGUACUCUGAAAAAGAAAAUGGAGGACAUGAGGAAAAGGCCCGGAGGUGACGUCACGGCGGACGACGCGUCGUCGUCCUCGUCCUCGUCGCCGUCGCCAUCCUUGAAGAGGCGGCGAGAUCAGGACGGAGAACAAGGCGCCGACAUUUCGGUUGCAAACGACGUCGUUAUGGACGGCGCCGACUCUUCGGAUGCUCCGCCAGUUAACGGCGUCGCUGCGGACAGCGUCGACGCCAUUUCGGUUCCUCCGGCAGUGAACGGAGUCGUUGCGGAAAUCGGCGGCAACAUUUUUCCUGCUCCGGCAGCGAACGGCGUCGUGGCGGACAGCGGCCACAUUUCUGUUCAUCCGGCAACAAACGGCGUCGCGGAGGACAUCGGCGGCGGUCCGGUUGCUCCGGCAGUGAACGAGGCCGUUGUGGACAACGAUGACGUGGCGCUGAGCGAGCUGACGAGGCUUCUGGACUCGGACUACCCGGCCUGGAACGCCGCCGCCACUACACCGGAGACAUUGACGUUCGCGGAUAACCCGUCCAGGUCGCCGAAGGUGUUCCAGACCAUGUCGACGUCAUACGUGACGAUAAACGGGAACGAGGAGAGCUGCGGCUCAUCGUUCUCGGACGCCGAGUCGUCGAUGAUGGCCAGCGUGGACAGGAACGGGCGUGACGUGGAGCAGGCGAGGCUGGACUACGAGUUUUACGCGGCGAUGAGAUGGGCGGAGUGGUACGACGAGUCGGGAUUCGAGGACAGCGCGUGGGAUGCGUCGGCGCGUGAAGGAAUGGUGCUGAAUUUGGACUUGGAUUCGGAGUGGGACGACGCUGUGCUGGCCAGGUUUAUAGGUGAAGACCUCAAUUGAAUCAAAAUUCAGCAGUCACCGUUUUCCGGUAAUUAAUUAACUUCUUAGUGUUACUUUUUGGGAUUGCGAUCUCAAUGUGGUGGUCAUGGCGGUGGAGUUGUACACAGUUCUAUAAACAGUCCAGCUAGUCUAGUCUAAUCUGAGCUAGAAUUUAAGUAUAAUUAGUACUGUAUAGGAAACACAGAGUUAGUGAAGGAGAUGAUGAUGAUUGGUUUAUUAUGGAAUUGUGUUAAUUAAUGAACGGUUGUUAAUUAGCAAUUAGUCAGGCGCUAAUUGUCAUGACUCGAGACUUUGAAAAGGAGUACAUGCAUGUUUUCGUUG